AUGUACAAUAACAAUAAUAUUACUGUAGCCCUUCUGCUGGGAUUCCCAGGACUCAGCUAUUUUAAAAUAAUGGUCUUUUGUAUUCUUCUGACGGUCUACUCAGCCACAGUAUGUGGGAAUAUCCUGAUCAUCAUUCUGAUAUCCUACAGCAAGAACCUCCACACCCCAAUGUACUUCUUCCUCACCCAAAUAACAAUUUCAGACAUAACAUUGAGUACAUGCAUUACACCAAACGCUCUAAAAGUUAUAAUCAACGAUGGCGCCACAAUUCCCUUCAUUGGAUGUCUUGUUCAAUUUUACUUAUUUUUUGCCUUGGAAACUUUGGAGUGUUAUCUUCUUACAGCCAUGGCGUAUGAUCGGUAUCUGGCCAUUGGUAACCCAUUACGUUAUCAUUCUAUAAUGACUUCUAGGUUAUGUUUGAUUUUAAUCAUCCUAUGUUGGUUUCUAGCGCUUGUACCACCCACAUUUGUGGUAGAUAAAAUAUGGAAAGCCAACUUCUGUGGAUUCAACAUAAUUGAUCAUUUUUUCUGUGACUUUGAUCCUAUAAUACAACUUAUUUGUUCAGACACAUCACAGAUUCAGAUGGAGGCAAAGUUCUUUUCUGUGCCAGUGGUUUUGUGUCCAUUUGUAGCCAUCGCCAUUUCCUAUGCAUACAUUGUAGUUACCAUUGUUAGGAUUCCUUCUGUUAGCGGGAGGCAGAAAGCCAUAUCCACAUGCAGUUCUCACCUCUCUGUUGUGGGCAUUUUUUAUGGGACCCUUCUAGCUAUGUAUGCGUUUCCGAGUUCAGAGUCGAGCACCACCAGAAAAGUAAUUUCCAUGCUUUUCAAUGUGCUGGUUCCUUUACUUAAUGCUGGUAUAUAUAGUUUCAGAAAUAAAGACAUCAAGAUAGCUUACGUAAAAUUAAGAAGUCAUUUUUGUGGAGCGUACACAAGGAUAAGUUUCUAA